ACGUUCGCUACACAUCCUUUUUUCUAUUAUUACCCUUUUCCCUCGUCUUCCCGUUUCUAUUCUCACCACCCAUCCCUGCACGUGUACGAUAAUCAAUCCUCGAGGCCCGAGCCCGAGUCCGAGUCCGGAGUGUUGAGUCGGCCCACCAGGCUGCGCUUUCCGGUAUACAGGAGUAAACGUUCUUGCUUCGUGUACUGUACUGGACAGGACAGGCAGCGUUUCCACAUCACCUGCUUAUUGGCCGCUCAUCGAGAUAUCGUCUUGUCGUCGUUCAUCCUCGAGCCCGACGUCCGCUUCUCUCCCUAACGGCAUUCGCCUUCAACGUACUGAUCAUGUUGCCGCAUCAGGGGUGAAGCAAAAUACACUCUUUUUACAACCUUCCAUUCUAAUCCAACCUGGGGACCAUGUCGGCCUCAACAUCCCUGCUGCCCGGAGCGGCGGCCGCCAAUGGCACGACCGACCCAUUCACGACCGCACCUCCUCAUGCGCAUCCUGCGCCGCUUCGGUAUUCCGCUUUCGACAGCGAUGACUUCUCGGCGUACUCUACGAACUCGCCUUCGUCGGCGCGUCGCGCUUUGGAGGCUCACCUUAAGGACACCGAGCGGAGGAUCCAAGAUGCGUCCCGGCUCGGAACAACGCUGCUCCAACAGCGGAAGGACUUGGUUUCGCGCAUUAAAGAUGUGGAGCAGAUCCAGACACAGAAUGAGGUCCCUGCGGAUCUCCGGGAUAAAUUACUCGCACUGGAGAGGGAAUACAACGAGGUCGGCCGGGAAUCUGCACGCGCGUUCCUGCCCAAAUCUCGCAUCACAUCCGAGGCCAGUUUGGAAUCUUCAGAGAACUCGUCGGUAUUGUCGGCGCAGGCACGCGAAUCGCCCACCAAGCAGUCCGUCCCGUCCAGGAGGCAACGGAACCAACCGAGCAAUCGGGUGCACGACAUCGAAUUCGCCACCGAGAUCAGCACCUCACUCAUCGCUCAAGUCAGACAGCUACAAGCUGCUCUAGCUGAAAAGGACAACGCUCUCAAGGACAAUGCAGUCUCCCGGGCUCAGCUGGAAAAGGAGACCAUGGCCCUGGUAGCGCGCAUUCGGCAUAUGGAUGAGACUGAGCAGAAAUACAAAGAUGAGAAUUGGAACCUCGAGAUGCGCGUGCAGGAAUUAGAGGCGAGCUACAAGCAGAGUUCGGACAAGGAAUCACGUCUUGCGCAGUCCAUCAAAGCCAUUCAGGUCGAAAGUGCUGCCAAAGAGCGAGAACUGGACGAGCUGAAGCUUGCCCAUGAGAAAUUGGUCGACGAUCAAGCCAUGGCUCGAAAGGUCUCCGAGGCUGACAUGCACGGUCUGAGGCGUGACCUUGCCCAUCAUGAGAACGACAAGCAGAAGUUACAUGGUCGCAUCCACGAAUUGACCACGCAGAAUACGGAGCUGGCCAAAGCGGUCGGCUAUCGAUGGAAUCAGAGCACGAAAGAGUCUGACACGGAUUUCGUGUCGGCAGAAGAGGGUCAGAAUUCAGACGACCAGGCUGGAGAUCACAGCGAUCCCUCUUCUCCCAUCAAAGGCACGCCUGCUCGACAUGGCAUGCUGGAAUCGGAGACGCUCAAAUCCAGCCUCAACCAUGCACACCGGAUGAUCCAGAAUCUCAAAAACAACAUUCAUCGUGAGAAGACCGAAAAGAUCGAAUUGAAGCGCAUGUUGCAGGACGCCCGUGAUGAGCUGGAGACGCGGCGGGAUCAUGGCUCGGCGACGGCCAACGUGGCCAAGAAACGUCGGGAUCUCGAGAGUCUUCGAACGAAGAAUCGAUCGAAGCCAGACAAGAUCGGCGCCAUUCGUGGCAGCACCACAGAAAUCGUCGACGAGCAACCGGAUUGGGAAGACGACGAGGAUCAGCGCACUCCAAGCAAAUCGAAUGCCUUUGGUGUAGCUGCCGGCUCAGCGGCGAUCGCAACAGGCGCUCCCCAUCUCGUUCGCGCGUACACGAGCACCGACACGGAAACCGAUGCGUUCGAGACCGCCGAUGAACGCAACACUACCACGGAGAGUGAAGCGUUCGCGACCGGCGCCGAAGACUUCGACAACGACACCGAAGGCGACAUGACGGAAACGGAAGCUGGUCCCGCCCGGACGAAUCCCGUGAGGGUGGUGUCUGGAAUCUCCACCAAGCGAGGAGAUCGUCGGUCUUUCACCUCGACCGCAUCCGUCUCGGCUGAUGAGGACGUCGAUUCGAUCAAGACCCCGAUUCAAUCCCAACAGCCGAAAUACAAGGUCCGACUCAACCGUGGCAGCCGUCGGAUGGGACGUGGCAACGAUGCCGGUUCCGAGUCUCCUGUCACGUACAGCCCUGCGUCGAGCUUUGGUACGCCCGGGGCUUCGCAGAGCAUGCAGAACCUGGAGGAUGAGCUAGGCGCCUUUGACGAUGAAGACAGCGUCGAGGGCACGCCAUCCAGCAUCCACUCCCUCGAUGAUCAGGAUGACUCCCGGUCAAUGCUCAGCGCUGACCGGGACUUUGAUGACGAAGAGCCAACGACCCCCUCACGGCGAAGCGGUGAUGCCGGCGAACUGUCUGUAACUACCCCGACCAGCGUCCUUUCUCCACAGGAUGUCACCGUCAUCAAAGCCUCGCCCAACGGCACAGAUGACUCCCUCCACGAAGACGAUGUUGACUCUACGGUACUCGUCCACCCCACCGAGUCCGUCAUCUACUCUCCUCCCAAACCCGUCGUGCCCAAACCCGCGAUGGUCGACGCUGGCAUCAUGACGGAGCCUUGGCAGCCAACGCCCGAGAAAUCGAAAAUUUCCGAACGAGUUGAGGGUGUCGUUGGUGGAGCUCUUGCUGGUCUCGGCCUCGGCUCUUUGCUCGGCUCGAAGAAAUCCGACGAGAAGCCCGAAGCUGUCUCAUCAGAACCAUUGGAGAAGGAAGAGAUCUCAUCAUUGCCUGCAACCAUCACUUCUUCCGCCACGGAGCCUGCGACGACCGAAAGUGCAGCCGCGGCUGGCGCGACGACUCGUGAGCUGUCAGAGCCCGUACCGGCGGAACCCGUCAUUGUAGAGUCGAAGCAUUUGCCAGCACCCCCAGUGUCGCUCACAAUCUCGAGUAUCAUGGUGCAAGAGCUUGAGCCCGAGUCGGAGCCCGAAGAUGUUCACGUACCGCUCCUGCCCAGACGGAGCUCGAGACGCGUUGACCCUGUCGCUUCGGCGGCCGGGGCAACUCUCGGCGUGGCUGGUGUCAUCGACGAGAACUACGAUGACGAGAUCGACCGCCCGGGUACAGCGAGGUCGGUGCGCGAAGCCGUGCAGACGCCUGUGAAGUCGAGCCCGGCAUCGGAAUUGCCCGCAACGCUUGCCUCGUCGAACGCCAUCGCCAAUCAGGCCCCUGUGGAAGUCACUGUGCACGCGCCUCUAUCAGAAUCGGCGAAUGUGAAGCAGGCUGUUGUCGACGAAGGCUCACAGACCGUCGUAUCCAGCCAGGAGAUUGAUAAGCUCUUGGACAACAGAGUUCCAUCUGUGCUGACGCCACCUGCAGUAACGUCUAUGCAGGAUGCUGGAAACUCGCCAAUUGCACCGCCGAAGACUAUCGUCUUUGGCCCGACUGCCGGAUUGGUUCCUGCCGCAGCUGCCAGUGUUGCUGGUGUUGCCGCUGGUGCUGCCGCCGGUCUCACACUCCGCCGACCCAACAGCGCUGGAAGCACGCGUAGCAGGACAUCGAUCGUCCAGCCACCGUUGCCUGCGGAUCAUACCGAGAAGAUUGCCGCCGCCGCAUCUCAACAGAACUCCGCCACACCCACACCCACAUCUGCGACGACCAUUGGUUCUAUGGGUCCCCCGACUAUGCCAGCCUCUGCUUAUAAGACUCCUCGUCCCAGGACACCUGGGAGCCAAGCAGCAGAACGAGGCGCGUCCCGAGACGGUACCACGCCACGACCCGGCCGAGCCAAGGUCACCAUUGCUGCCAGUCCUUCCGUCCGUCCCCACCGCGAUUCAGUGUCCACAUUCGCUUCGGAACUCGACGAUCGUUUCAACAUUUCUCGGGAGGGAAUUUACCCUACCGAUGUCGAACCGUCGACCGAUCCUCGCAUGAUCCAAGCCAUCACCCAAACCAUGAUCGGCGAAUACCUCUGGAAAUACACCCGCAAGACCGGCCGCAAUGAAACCUCCAGCACCCGCCACCGUCGCUUCUUCUGGGUCCACCCCUACACCCGGACCCUCUACUGGAGCGAGAACGACCCCAGCACGGCCGGCCGGAGCAUGCUCAAGGCCAAGAGCGUCGCCAUCGACGCCGUCCGCGUCAUCACCGACGACCACGUCUACCCGCCGGGCCUGCACCGCAAAUCCCUCGUCGUCGUCACGCCCGGCCGGGAGAUCGUCUUCACCGCGCCCAGCAGCCAGCGCCACGAGACCUGGUACAACGCCCUGUCCUACCUCCUGCUCAAGACCGAGGAGGAAGAACGCGAGGCCGCCCUCCUCGCCGCCCAGGGAGGCGAAGACGGAGACGGCGACCCCGACGACUCCCGCGCCGGCUUCGGCCGCUCCGUCCGCCGCAGCCUCAACCGCGCAACCCGCAGCCUCAGCCGCCACAGCCAAGGGGGCCCCAACAACCCCCGCCGCAGCAGCUUCACCAGCCGCGCCAGCCGCACGAGCAGCCCGCAACGCUCCGAGGCCGUCUCCAACCUCGUCCACCACAACCGCCGCUCCGUCCCAGCGCCUUCCUCCAUCUCCUCUUCCUCCCAACGUAACCGUGACACCACCACCACCGCCCUCCCCGCCCCGCCAACCCUCUCCGCCGCCGCCCAUCCUCCCCGGAAUCCCACCGCCGCCUCCCGCGAAGUCUCCUCCGGCUCCGUCGGCGGCCGCUUCAGCUCGCUGGCCAGCCGCUUCGGGUCCUCCAACACCCGCAGCGGCGGCGGUCGCGCCUCGGCGGAACCCCCUCGCGGCACUGGUGCUAGUGCUACUACGGGAGGAGUCUCGUCCGCGAUGUCGGGCAGUUACCAUGAGGCCCACGGCGCCCCCGUCGGCGAAAGCGCCGAGGACAUCCGCACCCAGCUGGAAAUGCAGGAGCGCAAUGCGGAUCUGUUGGAGAACGUCAGGGCGUGCUGCGAUGGAAAACACGACGUCGGCUCCCUGUCCAACCGGACCGGCGGCCGCGCUUCCUUCGGGAGCCGGUUCGGCGGCGGGCAUUCGCACUCGCAUCCGCAUCCUCCAUCGCAAAACCAGCAGUCGGACACGACGCGUUCGAGGACGUGAGGAACGUGAGACCUUUUUUUUUCUCUUUUUUUCUUUUGUUUGAACUUCGCCGUAUGUCCGGAUUGUUGAUCGGCCUCUGGUCUGGAAGGGAAGGGAAAGGAAGGGAAGAUGGAAGGGAAGCUUUUGGUUGUUGUUUUUCUUGUGUUGAUAAUUACCUUUUUUUUCUUCUGGAAUCGGA